AUUUUUAAAUAAAUAAAAUAAAAUUAAAAUUAAAAAUAACCAAAUUCUCCGUUUAGCUAUUUUGUACUGAAAAAUGUAGAAAUUGUUUGAAAAAAAUAGCAAAAUUCGUAAUGGCUUGCGAGAUAUGCGAACACUGUCAGAGUCCCCUAUGCAGCCACGAGAGAAUGGUCAUGCGUCAAGGGUACAGCUACCACAAGAAGUGCCAUAAAUGCUAUGUCUGCAGUGAGACUGACCUUCUGAACGCAGAAGUGUUCAAAGGUGUGAUAUUCUGUUCCGGUUGUGCACAGAGGAUCUUUCAGGGGUGUUCCACUGCUCGUAAAACUAAGACCUCGCAUGGUGGUAGAGGGAGAAGAACCACAGCUAAAUACAAACGGCGAGAUAGAAUAAGAGCCCAGGAGAGGAGACGAGACGGGAGCAGAGAUGGAGUCAUCGAACUAGCUCGACUUGCUGGUUCCAUUACCACCAUAUCUGAUGAUGUGGAGGAAAAAAAACCUAAGAAGACCAGCAAAGCAGCAAUGACUAUGGAUCCUUUUUAUGGGGAAAGAAUAGUACAUCAAGAGAACUGUUAUUGUGUGCAGCCUGUUGUUCCGUGUCCAGUGCAGAAGUAUAGCACAGAAAUGGGAACGACUACCGAUGUUACCCAGGAGUUGCUAAGACAGAUCAACUGUGCUGUCCCCAGCUGUUUGGCUGAACCAAUACGUCCUUCGGUGUCGAAGUCGUCCCCACCGAAACGCCGUCAUCGCAGGAGAAAGGAGUCCUAUGAACCUCCUACAAGCCAACCGAUUUGCAGUGAUCUUCGUAUAGCUGAGCUUGGUGUCUCUACUGAAAUAGCAAAUAUGGCGUUGCGCAAAAAUUCCGAAGUCCCUGUAAUUAUUAAAUCAAACUCAAGGCUAAAAGGCCGUUCUUACAGUCUUGCCGUAUUGAACCAGGAGUCGGAUGUUUCUCGCAAUGCUUCAGAGUGGGUCAAUACACCAUGUAGUACUGUGGACGAGUCGGCAGCUAUAAAAAUCAUGGACAGACGGCUAGGCAGCUUAAUAAAACUACCAUUAAGAUUUUUCAAGAAGAAUAUACUGACACGCAGCUCCCGUAUCAGUAUUCCGAGGACUUCUGAUCGUUACAAAAACAAUACUCUUCGCAGGCGACUGAAACAAAUACUAUAUGAAGAAGUUACUGAACAUCAAAUUCGUGGAAUCAAAAGAUUAUAUUCAACAAUUAAUAGAAGAAACAAGCCAUAUAAACUUGGAUGGAUCGAUUUGGUUGCGAAAGUGUCUAAAAUUGCAAGGGACGAAAAUACUAAUAACAGUGUUUGUAUCUGUUCGAAACAAAAUGGAUGCAAACACUUCAGGAAUUCACACAGCUACCGCUGCAUGCGAGCUCAGGUGAUGAAACUAGCUGGACCUACUCGAAGCCAGUUAGCCUGUUACAGGAGAAAAAUAAAGAACAUCAUUGCGCCACCGUUUUUGAGAAAUAUUUUAAUGAGUAUUUGGUCCUUUUUGUUUAUAGAUAAAGAUUAUCCAGCCAUCAAGUUCUCGCAAGCGUGUGGCAGAUCUGACAUUGAGAAAAAGUAAUACACGAAAUCUAGAAAAGAUAUGAGAAUACUAAGUGGAAUUAUGAUGUCAAUUGGUUUUUUUAAUAAAGGAAU